CGGCGGUCUCUCCGUUGUGCUCUGCUUCAACUCCUACAUCUUCACCGGGCUGUGGACUUGUGACGCAUCUAUCAGCUACUGAGGCACGAUUGCUAAGGUCCACAUACUCUGUCAUGAUGCGCAUACAAGGUGCCUCCGACGCCAGCCGUGGACGACCCCACUCUAGAAACAAGAAGUGGGUCGCAGGACAAGUUGACUCCCAGAAUGGACACGCCACCGACAGCGAGCGAUGGGAGCGCGGUAGUCAACGUCGCAGAGGUCGUGGGCGCGGCCACGCCCCCGCGCAUCACGGUACACAUUUGACCGUGCCCACCGACGUCUACGACGAGGGUGCCAGUGCGACGGAGGAUGAAGGCGUUAGCGGUGCAGAGAGUGCGUAUGAGGAUGAACUUCCUCAGAUCGAGGAGCCGGAGCACAUCGAAGAUCGGGAAGCUUUUUACAAAGAGCUGGUGAGACAGCGUGAGAUCGAAAGGAAGAAGGCGAUCGUGGAGGGGAAGAUGGACGAUCCGAACGUACCCAAGCGACUGGAGGACGCAAUUACCAUGGUCGGGACGUGUAUGGACAUGUGCCCCAGGUUCGAGCGGUACCGAAGAGAGCGCGAGAACAACCUGGACAAGUGGGAAACCAUACCUGGCACGAAGCGUGUAGACCACAGACGCGCGGUCAAGAUUUACGAGCGCGCGGCAGGCGACAAGACGCUUCCCUCGGAUCUUCGUCCACCCCCGGUGUUGAAGAAAACACUUGACUACCUGUUCCACGACCUUCUCAUGCGAGAAGGAUUCUCUGAAACGCAUGAUUUCAUACGAGACCGCUCGCGCGCUGUUAGGGCCGACUUCACUAUGCAACAUGAAACGGGUCCAAUAGCGAUCGAAUGCCACGACCGCUGCGCCCGCUACCACAUUCUCGCUCUUCACCUCGAACGAGACAACCCCAAGUUCGUCCUACAUCUCGAAGAACAGCAACUCAUGUUCACGCUGCAGAGUCUCAAGGAGUUUUACGACGACCAGCGGGGCCGCUACCAAUCCCCCACUGAACUCGAGAUGCGCGUGUAUCACCGCCUCAUCCACAUCCGCGACCAGAGAGAGCGGCACGAGGAUAUCCCUGACGAGAUCCGGAACCAUCCUGUUUUCAACCUCACCACGCAGUUCCGCCUGCGCGUCCAAGCAAAGAGCGCCCCGAUCUCCAAGACCUCACGACUCGUCGUGGAUGAGGAAGCGAUGCACAUCUUCGGACAGCUCGCGGCGGUACUGCGGGAGCAAAACAAUGUCGCGAUGAUCUACCUCGUUGCGUGCAUCAUGGAGCGGCUAUUUGGCAAGGACACGAUAGAGGACAUUGAGGCCAUCCGCGGGGACCUCACCCUUGCGGAGAUCAUCGACGGCAUCUCGAGGCCACUCGAUGAUACUCAGCUCGAGACCGCCGACGAAGGACAUGCGUACAUCGAGGACGCUGCGUCAGCCACGGAGGAAAUUACGGACAUGGAUGAGGAGCCUGAGCAAGACGAACAACCAGUCCCUGCCCCUUCUGCCUAUGCAGUCCCCCCUGUCACGAAGAGCGCGACCGAAUGGCUGACGAAUAAUUUCGGUGCACAACCUCCGGCGCCGACCGCAGGCCCUUCGACAAACGUUUUCUCUUCCGUCUCGGCCCCAGUGGGCUCUUCGUCCUCCGGCACGUCUGCAUUCACUGGGCUCGCAACGUCGAAGCCCACUUCAAACACCUUUGGCACUACGUCAGGGUUUGGCUCGCCUGGCUCUGCAUUUUCCACGUCGGCGAGCGCCCCAUCGCUGUCGGGGUCGGCGUUCGGGAACCUCGCGACUAAGUCUAGUGUAUUUGGAGGCACGACGUUUGGCCCGGUGCCUACCGGUACACCGCCUGCUCCAGGGUCCAUCUUCGGGGGCGGGAGCGCACCAAAGUCGGUUUUCGGGGCGAGCGCUGCACCUCCCCUGACGUCUCAGCCUACUUGGGCGACCGAGGCCCCGAAUCUUGGGGGGCAGUUCACCGCCCCCAGUCAGAACACCACCCCUCAAGCCGCAGAACGGACCCCUCCCCGGAAUGCGAGCGCCCCUCUCAAUCCCUCUGUCCCAUCAUUCGUCCCGCCUCAGGUCAGCUCGGGGGUUGCAUCGUCGAGCUUUGCCCCUCCCCAGCCUGCACCGGUCGUAGAGAAACCAUCUUCCAUCUUCUCUACGAACCUCUUCCCUGCCACUCCGGCUGUCCCCGCGGGCGAGCCAGCGAAGCCAUCCGGCAGCAUCUUCAGUAUCCCUUUAUUUCCUACACAUCAACCGCAAACAACAUCACCACCUGUGCAGUCGUUGCCGCCAAUACCACCAGAUGUACCAACAGAGCCCUCCUCCCCCGUCGCCCCUGAGCAGUCCCUACCCGACCAAACCCAAACGCCUGCCCGCAGCUUCACCGAAAGGCGUAAGUCGCUAUGGGACCUCCCGGGCUCAUCGUCUCCCUUCUCGCGGCUCAGGGAAGACCGCAUGACAUUCACCCCAACCCCAGGCAAUGCGCCCGAGCCGCGCACGCCAAUUUCGCCCACCGCGGGACCCCCGUCCCUCGGCAGGGCGCCCCACAUCGCCCUUCCCCCUACCCCCACCGCGAGGUGGUUCGACCCGGAUUCCCAACCUCAAUCACUGGGAGAGCAGUCGGAUGUCGCGCUCUCGCGCAAGAGAUCGCUCCUGCACUUCCCCUCGCUCACGCUACCGACGACCCCGAGCGCGUCUGAAAUUCUUAGUCCCAUACACCUCACUACGCCCACCCCGGGCAAGACUGCCCCUGCCGCAAGCGGAGGCCCGUCACCUUUGUAUCGGUCUCACAUCGCCGAGUCUGUCCCCUCCUCAGAACCUUCGACCUCGACAAUGCGCCCUCCCCUGCCGAAGCCCACGACGCCCCCAGCCCUGAAGCCCGUGCUCGAAAUCCAGACUAACGGCAUCUCCAACUCCGCGCCCUCCCCAACCAAAGCCUCAACUUCAGUCAGCGCGAACGGCAAGGGCAAAGCGAAGGAGACGCAAGCGGACCUUGAUACCAAAGCAACCAGGUUCCUGCGCACUAGCACGCUCGUGCGCUCGUGCUGGUCGCGCUGGCGGGCACGGAUGGAGGCGCAGCAUGAGUGGGAGGAGGCGAUCAGGCGGAGCGAGGCGUACAAGACCCGCGUGCACAAGUCGGAGCUACAGACCAGCUUCAGCGGGAGCUCGAUCAAGAGCUUAGGCUUGGGGGCAGGCGAGGGAGGGAAGGAGCUGGGGAAGAAGAGGAGGAUCUCGAUGCCGCCGGACAUAGGGGAGGCGCAGGUGCGGCGAGCGAAGAGGAGGCGGUCAAAACAGUUCCAAAGUCCGUUAACAGACGAGGCUCUUACGAGGAGAUUGCAGGAGAACCGCGAAGAGAAUGAGAAGCGUUGGGCGCCUGGCUCUUUCCGUAAAGCUGUGCUCGACAGACUGAAGGCGCGGCUGGAGCCUGGAGAUGAGCUUGACGACUGGUGCCUCUGGGUGUCCAUGAAUACCGAGAACGACAAGACUGCGGUAUGGAUUGAGCGCAAGUUAGAUGUGCCGGCUUCAGGGUACUGGGUUUCAGAGAACGUGUUCUCAAUACCGGCAUUCAAGAAGCCAGAGGGGCCGGGGUCCCCUGGACUCAUUGUGUUUGAGCGAACACCGCUCGAGGGGACCGAUGACGAGAUUGAGAAGAAAUACCGCGUCCUAGAUGAUUGCGCGCGCCUCCGCGACGUGCUGGGAUUCCUUCCUCCUCUUGAUCAGAGACGUUACAUUCCGUGCCUGCUUAUAAUCACCUGGUCCGAGAACGAAGACUGCGAGAAGACAAGAGACUUGGUUGACAUGACGCACAAGCUUGUCAAGGAGGGUACCAUCAAGCACGUCUCCUACUUCAAGGUGGCCACUACAGUGAAGGACCUGGAUGAGAAGUUCGCCAGUACCAUCGAUAUUACUCCGCUCGAUGUCGAGGACCGAUUAGCAGUGCCUCUUGGUUGGAGAGACAUUAGGAGCCUCUUCGUAGACCCAGUACAUUCCGCCAUCUCCGAUUUGUUGGAUACCUGCUGGCCUGACGACGAAUUCAACUGGGUGCGCUACAACCAGGUUAUGUCUGCCAUCGGGGACAUCCUGAACUGCGCGUUGCGCGCCAUCUUGAGCCUGUUCAAUGACACCCCAUCCUACGUCACCGUCGAGAUUCCUGAGGACGUCCCACAACCCGGAGUAACAGGUCGGAAGUACGCCACUGGUGCAUUCUCGGAAGGUCUCGCAGACCUGCUGUACUCGUCAGCCAAGGACCUGUUAGGAAACAGGUUCGCAUCGGCGCCGAUGCUGUUCCCCAGAGACGUCGUCGAUGCAGCACAACGCGCGACAGAAAGUGCGAUCAACAGGCAAGUCCACAAGCUCCGCCAGCUUGCUGCCGACGCCGCUCUCCGUGCUUCCGUGUCAUCGUCAGUCGGGCCUUCGCCGAAACGCAGGGCGUCUAGCGACGAUCCGCGUCUCAACGGCUCGACAUCCUCGAAACGCGUGCGUCGUUCGCCCUCAGAUGAUGGCAUCAUCGACGUGUAUGCAGACGACACCUCGACGUCUCCCCCACCAAGCAUAUCUGCCGCGACGGAUAUGAGUGACAAGCCCCUCGUCACGGUCGGAAUGCUUCGCGCGCUCGCCCGAGACGUGCUCAAGACCUAUGAUAAGUAGGUCCACCGCGGAAUGGCCAUCGAUCGUGUCUUCGAUUUCUGUAUCUUGC